GACUCUUCAGUGAACAAAAUAACACUUGACGAAAGAUGAGAACGCGUCACACCAGAGUGCGAUGAAACCAAGAUGGGAAACAGAAUAUACAGAUGAUAAACGAUCAAAGAUCUCGCACAUGCACUUUCUGGAGAGAGCAAACAUGUUUGGCUUUGGGAAACUCUGCAGAUUAGCUCCAUCUUGAAUGCGAAAUGAGAGGAUCACCGAGCCCCGCUGCGCGUACAAAUGGAUAUUUAUUUUCCCGCCUUCUAUUUCUAUCGUUGCGCAUUUUCGCGCUUUUCCCUCAGUGGAGGCGGUUGGAGUGUAACGAAUUUUCUUCGCACUGGACACCUGUUGUACGCUAGUUAGACCAAAUCAGUCACGAGUCAGUGUAACAUCCAAAACCAACAGUUGUCUCUCAUGAAGGCAUAGCAGCAAUGUCACAGCUCUACUUUCGCAGAACGGGAAACUUCUCGUACAGGGACCGGAUCCCUCUGCGGAUAGUUCGAGCCGAGUCAGAGCUGUCACCCCUGGAAAAGGCCUACCUGUGUGCUGUGGAGAAAGGUGACUAUGCCAGCGUCAAACAAGCACUGAUAGAAGCCGAAAUCUACUUUAAAAUCAACAUCAACUGCAUCGACCCUCUGGGACGGACGGCUCUGUUGAUUGCCAUUGAGAAUGAGAAUCUGGAAAUCACUGAGCUGCUGCUCAGCUUUAAUGUGUAUGUGGGGGAUGCACUUUUACACGCCAUACGAAAGGAAGUGGUGGGGGCUGUGGAGCUGCUUUUGAACCAUAAAAAGCCCAGCGGGGGCAUGCAGGUACCUCCUAUCCUGUUGGAUAAACAGUUCUCUGAUUUUACUCCUGACAUAACGCCCAUCAUCUUGGCCGCUCACACCAACAACUAUGAGGUCAUCAAGAUGUUGGUUCAGAAGGGUGUUUCCAUGCCUCAGCCCCACCAGGUGCGCUGCAACUGCAUGGAAUGUGUGUCCAGCUCAGACGUGGACAGCCUGCGACAUUCCAGAUCCCGUCUUAACAUCUACCGGGCCCUGGCCAGCCCCUCGCUCAUCGCCCUCUCCAGUGAAGACCCCUUCCUAACGGCCUUUCAGCUCAGCUGGGAGCUCCAGGAGCUCAGCAAGGUGGAGAAUGAAUUCAAGUCAGAGUAUGAAGAGCUUUCCCAGCAAUGCAAGCAGUUCGCCAAAGAUCUGCUCGACCAAACACGCAGCUCUAGAGAGCUCGAGUUGAUUCUGAACUACAAGGACAAUAUGAAUCUCCUAGAGGAUGAAGAGAAUAAUGAUCUCGCCAGGCUCAAACUGGCUAUCAAGUACCACCAGAAAGAGUUUGUAGCACAGCCAAACUGUCAGCAGCUGCUCGCAUCUCGCUGGUACGAUGAGUUCUCAGGCUGGAGACGCCGCCACUGGGCCAGCAAGUUCAUCACCUGUAUGUUCAUCGGAUUCCUCUUUCCUUUCUUUUCGCUGCUCUACCUGAUCGCUCCCAAGAGCCACUAUGGCCUCUUCAUCCGGAAACCCUUCAUCAAGUUUAUAUGCCACACUGCUUCAUAUCUGACCUUCCUCUUUCUCCUGCUGUUGGCCUCCCAACACGUGGACCGAAUGGACAAUCAAGAGCUCACGGAGCUCACUAAAUGGGGUCCGGUGCUUCCCAAACAGGGUCCAGAGCCCACCACUGUGGAAUGGAUGAUCCUACCCUGGGUUUUAGGAUUUGUAUGGGCUGAGAUCAAACAAAUGUGGGACGGUGGAUUUCAGGAUUAUAUUCAUGAUUGGUGGAACCUCAUGGACUUUGUGAUGAAUUCUCUGUAUCUGGCUACCAUCUCACUGAAGUUUGUCACUUACUUUAAGUUCUCUGACAACUACGGGCAGCGGGAGGCAUGGGUGAUGUGGCACCCUGCCUUGGUGGGGGAGGCCUUGUUUGCCAUUGCUAAUAUAUUUAGCUCCCUACGACUGAUUUCACUUUUCACAGCCAACUCCCACCUGGGCCCUCUUCAGAUCUCCCUCGGACGAAUGCUGCUGGACAUCCUUAAAUUCCUCUUCAUUUACUGCCUGGUGCUACUCGCAUUUGCUAAUGGCCUCAAUCAACUGUAUUUCUAUUAUGAAACUGAUGGUAGAAUUAUUAACAACGUCACAUGCAAGGGUAUCCGCUGCUCUGAGCAGAACAAUGCAUUCACCACCAUGUUUGAGACAUUGCAGUCAUUGUUCUGGUCCAUAUUUGGUCUUGUUGCCCUGCACGUGACCAAUGUUGAGGCCCAACACGAAUUCACAGAAUUUGUUGGAGCCACAAUGUUUGGGACCUACAGCAUAAUCUCUCUGGUGGUGCUUCUUAAUAUGCUCAUUGCUAUGAUGAAUAAUUCCUAUCAACAUAUUGCUGACCAUGCUGAUAUUGAGUGGAAGUUUGCCAGAACAAAACUUUGGAUGAGCUACUUUGAGGAGGGUGGCACACUGCCUCCUCCCUUUAACAUCAUUCCAAGUCCAAAAUCAGCGUGGUACCUCAUCAGAUGGAUCAAGACCCACUUCUUCAAUAUUAAACACAGAAAAAGAGCUGAAACAUUUGGAUCACUCGGGAUGCGAGCUGCUGAAAAUGUCCGCACAAACCGCCAGUACCAGGAGGUACUUAGAAACCUGGUUAAGCGGUAUGUGGCAGCAAUGAUCAGGGAUGGCAAAAAAGAAGAGGGAUUAACUGAGGAGAACUUUAAGGAACUUAAACAGGACAUCUCAAGCUUCCGUUACGAGGUGAUGGGAAUGAUGAAGGGAACAAAGAUUGGCAUGUCAAACUCAAAGGGGAACCUAGUGUAUCCUGAUAACCCUCUGAAGUGCAGUUCUACUUCAGCUGGAAGUCAGCUAAAAGGCAAACUGAGACUGCAGAAUGUCGCCACCUCUGUGAUCCAGGAGGGUGGACUCAAAUCCAACGCCUGGAAGCCUGGCGGCUUACGAGGCCUUGUGGAUGGUUUCAUCUCAAACAAUAGCAAUCAAAUGAACUGCAAAGGGCCAAACAACCCAGGAGAGAUUUACUCUGUGUCAGAAGAAGCUGGUGAAUCUGAGAAUGAAGAACAGGAUGAUGGCAAACAGGGAGAAAAUGGGAACCAAAACAAGGAAUCAGAGGACAGAGUGAAUAAAACAUCGCAAGAGGAUGAUGAAAUGUUAUAUAUGCGUUAUAUGUGUGCUGAAGAAAUGAAUGAGGAAAGAGAAUAUGAUGGAAGCAGAUUAUAACUGCAUUGUGACAAUCAUAUUCUGAAUGCUGCAAAAAAAGAGAAAAGAGAAAGAUGCUGUUCUCCUGAACUCUAUCGCAGAAGCAGCUGUGGUGAUGAUCCAGUGCAGGGCACUGCGUCUGUACGAUCCGAACAUCAAGUGUUGUUCUAGAGUCUCAGGGAUGAAUGGCACUUUUAGGAGAAUAUGGGGUCCAGCGUUGUCAUUACAGUGAUUUACACUGUCAAGUGUGUAAAUGCUCCUGUAGUUUAUCGCUGCUCUGCUCUCCUCUCUGCUGAAUCAUAUAUUAAGGAGCAAUAGCCGACCCCUAAGCUCUAGACAUUUCAUUCUGCCUUACUCUGUUAGAUUUAGCAUUUUAUGCUAUCUUUGGUUCCAGCAUAAGAGGUGUCAUUAAUGUCAUGCUACCUAAUAUCUUUAAUAAAAGCUACUAUGCAAAUACUGGCAACUUUUAAAACUUUUUAGUCAUGUUUUGCAUUGAGCACGAGACAUUGAACAUGAGUCGUUUAAGAGAAGGAACUGGUUGAAGUCCAAAGUAAACCAUACAUAUCAUACAGUCAAUAUGGUACAUACUGUGGAAUCAUGUCUGCUUCAUCCUCCUCUCAUUUGUAUUCACAAUAAAGAACACGGAGAACAUAGUAUUAUACAGUUUGCACAACUUCAGUAAAUAGUCCUUUAUGCUCCUAAAUGUCUUAUUCCAUCAAUCCUCGUUGUUUCCAUAACAGAUUAUUGCCUCGUAUGACAGAUCAUGACUUAAUGCACAAAUAUAAAUAAAUAUAUACUGUACUAUGA